AUACGGUGGAUGCAUUUCUAUUUAGCAUCAGAAUAGGAAUGAAAAUAGACACAAGCAAAGCAAAACAAUGUUUUAAAUUGAAAUCGACAUCUGUCGGUGCUGAUAUUUCUUCGAUUAAUUUCUUUGAAGACGUGAUGAAAUCAGGCAAGCAUCCAACACUGGGAAAAACCAUAUUUUUUCAUGAAACAUCAUGUUCAACUAAUAACUUGGUGCAUUUAAACGCAAGGCAAGCGUGUGCAAUUGAAUCGGCUGCAUUACUAAAUCCAAACUGGGAUGUAUUUGUGAUGUUUGCAUCGCCCGUAGGUUGUGUUUUAAAUGAAACAACUGCAAGGCCCCCAAUUAUAUCCGCUUUAGAAUCAUAUGCGAACAUAAAUUUUCGCAACAUAAAUUUAUGGACUUACGCAGCGAACACACCGUUGGAACAUUGGUUUUUAAGUGACAAAUUAUUUUUUUCUGAAUAUUUAAACUCGCAUGUCUCCGAUUUUCUAAGGUAUGUUUCAUUAUAUAAAUUCGGAGGCUUAUAUCUCGAUCUCGACGUAAUUGUUCAAAAAACAAUUGAAAACAUGAACGCAAAUUAUGCGGGCGCUGAAUCUGAGAAUUUUGUUGCGGCUGGCGUGAUUAACUUUGAGCAUGAUGGAAUAGGACAUGAAAUCGCUGAUAUGUGUGUGAGAGAAUUUUAUGAAAAUUUUCGCUACAAUGAUUGGGGAUUUAAUGGCCCUGGAGUAAUUACCAGAACGCUUAAGAAAAUUUGCCACGUUGAUGAACCACUUAAAAUGAGCCCUCAAAAAUGUCUAGGAUUUAAAGUCUACGCCCCUAAUACUUUCUAUGCUGUACCUUGGCCAAAAUGGGAUUUAUUUUUCGACGUUGAUAAAUUGAACCAAACCAUUGAAAUGACAAAAAAUUCAAUUGCGAUUCAUGUGUGGAACAAGCACUCAAGCAAACGAAGGCUCAAAGUUGGCACAAAGGCUGCAUACGGCUUAAUAGCAGAGAAAAAUUGCCCAAAGGUGUACGUGUCGUCGGGGGAAUAUUUUUAAAUCAAUAAAAUCUAUGUGAUCUGUAUUAUUAUUAACAUGAAUGUCAGAUUGAUGCAUUGUUUAAUGCCAAAAAUAUCACCAUAUCAAAACGAUUUUUUUCAUAAAUAUUAUACAAUAAAAAGUAUUGGACUGUAUGAAUGUUACUAUUUACUAAGUGAAAACACAAAAGCACAGAUAUGAAACUAUUCGAUUUUAUUACAAAUUAGAUGGGAUAAUGUCAAGUAAAAUUAAAUCGGACAAUGAAAUACAAAGCUGUUUCUGCUAUUGGCCAUCGUUUUCUCAUAAGUCAAUUUCAACAUCGCUUUGAUUAUCAGACGACUCUUCAUCGGAAAAUGAAUGCUUUAUCAAAUCUUCACCAAUCAGAGAAUAUGAAUCAGAAGGCAGCGUGUGUAAGGCCAAGUCUGUUGUCGGCGCUGAAUUAUUCAGAAUAGAAGGUUCAUCCUGCAUUAUAAUAGUUGGCAAAGUUGUACUAAUAUCGGGCAUAUGUGUAGUAGUAUAAACAUUUACAACUGAAAUUGUGAAAAUUACAUUUAUUGAAAAGAUUCAUCAAAAGAAAAGACAAUUUUUCGUAAUAGUUACCCUGAAUGUUAUCAUCUAGAUCAUUGGAAAUAUACUCGAUGGUUUCAUUUGUUCGAGAAAGUUGUGGAUUUACGGUCGCUGACAUUAUUUGACGACUACUUCCGGGAAUAACAUUUGGAAUUGACAAUAUUUCUUGCUUUAUUUUGGGUACUGUUGGUGUACAUGCAGUACUUAUCGGAACAUCUAUGUGGCUCUUCUCGAAAGGUUGAUUCUUCAUUUGUACUAAACAGGUUAGUU